GCGUAGGAGACAAGGGCUCGGUGGUUGUCCUUGGCAAGGUCUUGACACCCUCCUGCGUCCAGCCGCCGCCUGGGGCUUAAGGCACCGGCAGUCACGGGACGGCGGCUGAACCGAGUUCCAGGCGGGAGCCGCGAAGGCUGGCCCUGAAAUGAAAGGCUCCCGCCUGUGUAUUGCUGCACCCGCGGCCCGGCCCUCUCUUGGCAGGGAACCGCCGCCGCCGCCGCCUUUGCCUUGCUCUCCUCCCCUCCCUCCCCAUUCCCACUUCAGCAGCGCGCUCUGUGGGCGCCCCCUUCGUUGUGCGGAAGGGACAGGAAAAGAGGCAGCGCCUCCUUCAGCUUAGAGGGUGGAGGAGGAGGAGGAGGAGGAGGAGAGUCGGCUCUGAAGAGCGCCCCAGGAUGGGAGAGGGAGUCCCCUCGGCGGCGGGUAUCUUCCUCAUCAAUGGCACAACUGGGUCAUCCAAUUAUCCUACAAACGUUUUGCUUCUACAUAACAUCUGAAACUCAAAGCAGCAAAUCAAGACAAAGUAUUCAAGAGAGAACUAUUCCUUCCUUUUUCUUCAAGUGGACAGAAAUUCUACAAUUCUACCUCCAACAUUUAUUUAGAUUGAAAGAAGGGGGCAAUAUUUCAUCUAUAUGGUAUUCUUGAUGCAGAAUACAACAAUUCAGUAUUUCAAUGAAUAAAUCAAACGUAACCAGUGUACCUUAACUAAGCCAUGCACAUUGCACUGGUCAUGUUAACUUUCUCACAGAUACUUGCCCUAGUCCUGUUGACUGUGGAAUUUUGACAAUGGAUUGCUUUCCCUACAUUGUGAAUUUUUUUUGGUUAACAGAAUCACCCUGGAAUUUAGGAGUGUGUGCAUGAUGCAUAUGUUUGUGAAUAAGUUGUUAAAUAGAAAAGUAGUCUGAUUUGAAAGGGUAAUGUGAUUUUUGUCUUAGUUCAUAGUGUAGCCAUUUAAAAAUUCAUAUUAUGGCUGCAACCUAUAGCCGUGUAGUAACAUCAGUGAAUUGUUACAACAGUGUUGUAAUAGAUCGCCGACUUCAGCAUGUUGUGCAUUACUGUACUGGGGCAUGUCGAAUAUUCAAGCAAGGAGUUAGGUGCAUAGUGGCCCACCACAGUAUUUGUGCAGAGCUAAUUAAGGUUCCUACACAAAACCUCAGAAGUUCAGAUCUGACCCAUAGACUUUCAAUGCCAGAACAUUCCCUUGCUUUGACUGGGGAUGAAGAUUAUCACCAAAUUCUCCCUAGUAAUCCAAGGCUCAAAAAGGGGUCUUUGGUUCAAAGCACUGGAAGUCUGAAAGAUAUCACUGGAGAAGCCAUAAAUCUUGCUAGUGGGAAAAUAAAAGAAUUCUCAUUUGAAAAACUGAGACACUCGCCUAGUCAAGUGACCUACAGAAAGGGAAGAAAAGUUAAGUCAGAUCCAUUUAACAGAAGGUCACUAGAUUUUGACUUGAUCUAUGGACAUUUCAGCAAUGAUGAAAAUUCUCCCCCUUCCUUUGGGCCAUCACAUAAUUCCUUACCUGAGGAGAAAUGGCAGGUCAGCAGCACUUCAGUAGAGGGAAAUUUGCAUUCUACAAUUCCUUUACCUAUACAAACUUUCUCUGAGGAUAGUUUUAUCUCACAGAUUUUGGAAAAGCACAAGCUGGAUGGUUCUUCCAGUGGAGAUAUUAAGAUGUGCUUGGACAUCUUGCUUAAAUGCUCAGAGGACUUGAAGAAAUGUACAGAUAUUAUCAAGCAGUGCAUCAGGAAGAAAUCUUCAGGUGGAGUCAGUGGAGGAAACGGUAAUGAUACCUUAGCCAAUUCUGAAAUGAUCUAUAUGAAUUUAAUGACAAGGUUUUCUUCCUACCUUAAAAAACUGCCAUUUGAAUUCAGACAGCCUGGGCUCACUGAACCUGGUGACAUGGUUGAACUGAUUAACAGUCUGUCUGCUUUGCAGCAGUCAAAUUUCCCCCCAAUAUUUGGCAAUGAACAACCACCUAGAUAUGAAGAUGUUGUACGCUACUCAUCUUCCAUAACAAGGCAGCCUCGCACUACAGACUUGCGAAGUAGCCAGAAUAGCACUGAUACAACUGUUUCAGAAAAACCUGCCCAAAUCCCAGCUGUAGAUUUUUCCUCAAAUGCUUCACAUGUUAACCAUCAGGAGGACAACUUAGGAUCUAGAAAUAAUGCUUGUGCACUACCUCAAUUACUAUCUGUAAAGCCGCCGGAUUGCAUUUCUCCCACAGAAACUCUGUACAUUGUAGAAGAAUCAGAUAGGGGAAAUGUAUUAGGCAAUUUAACAAUCACUAAGAAUAGAGGAAGUUGGGAGAAUGUAGAGAACAGCCAGCAAAGAGCUGAAAGGGCAGAAGAUGCUGUAGACUCUUUGAAAACAUUGUCUGUUGUAAUGCAGCCUGUAACACCGACCCAAACCUCCACCCACACAACUUCUGUCAGUCAAGGUUUUGAUUCUACUGUUCAAGUCUCCAAAGAAGAAACCAGAAAAAAUAAUCAAGAAGAGAUAGACAAACUUCUAUUGGACUUGGAGCACUUUUCACAGAAAAUGGAAAGUACUCUGAGAGAGACUACCAAUAAAGAAAAUGAUCCUGCAUGUUUGAAAGAUAUUAGUCGGUCUCUGACUCUUGAAAACAAGAGUAAAGCCUAUUCAUCUGCAGACAAAAGUGCUUCUUCUUCUUUAUCAAAACUCAUAGAAACCAAUGGUCAUAAAAUGGAAGAAGAUGACAAAACUCUGUUAUUGCGUAUCUUGGAGAGUAUUGAAGAUUUUGCCCAGGAACUAGUAGAAUUCCGAAUGGGCAAAGGAAGCUUAUCAAAAGAGAAAGAAGUGAUGCACAUUCUUCAGGAAACAUUGGCCACUCCGUCCAUCACUGCUGUCCAACAGAGCUGCAUAGGUGCCGUAGCCAAAGAAUCUGGCCCAGCACUAAUUCAACAGACACCAGAGGUUAUCAAGGUCCAAAAUAAACAAGAGAAGAAACCUGUGACUCCAUCCCCAGCUCCUACAGAUUUGACAGUCAGCCCGCAGUUGCUUCUGCCUGUGAAUAAAGUAAUUGUUGGUGCCCCUUUGUCCAUAAACAUUCCACGUUUCUACUUCCCCAGUGGACUUCCUAAUGUCUGCAACAAUCAUGAGGAGACCAUUGCCAAGAUUGAGGCAAUCUUUUCAGAGUUUGACGAUGAGAAAGCCACAAUUAAUGAAAUGGGGAAAAUUUCAAAGAUAUGUUGCUGCCCUCUAUACUGGAAAGCUCCCAUGUUCAAUGCAUCAGGAGGGGAACGGACAGGAUUUGUAUCUGUACAUUCAUUUGUGGCUAUGUGGAGAAAGAUAUUACACAACUGCCACGAUGAUGCAUCAAAGUUCAUUUGCCUUUUAGCAAAACCCAACUAUAACUAUUUGGAACAGGAAGAUUUCAUCCCAUUACUGCAGGAUGUAGUAGAAACUCACCCAGGACUGACAUUUCUAAAGGAUGCUCCAGAAUUCCAUUCCCGCUACAUUACUACGGUUAUUCAAAGAAUAUUUUAUACGGUCAAUAGAUCCUGGUCUGGGAAAAUAUCUCUAACAGAGUUGAGGAAAAGUAACUUUCUGCAAACUUUAGCCCUCUUAGAAGAAGAGGAAGACAUAAAUCAAAUCACUGAUUAUUUUUCCUAUGAGCACUUCUAUGUCAUUUACUGUAAAUUCUGGGAAUUGGACACUGACCACGACCUCUACAUCAACCAGAAAGAUCUGGCUAGAUACAAUGAUCAAGCUCUAUCAGUCAGGAUUAUAGAGAGAAUAUUCACUGGAGCUGUGCUUCGAGGAAUUCAAGUACAUCAAGAGAACCAGAUGAGCUAUGCAGACUUUGUAUGGCUUUUGAUCUCUGAAGAAGACAAAAGAAGCCCCACAAGUAUUGAAUACUGGUUCCGGUGCAUGGACUUGGAUGGGGAUGGCAUGCUUUCCAUGUAUGAACUGGAGUAUUUUUAUGAAGAACAGUGUGAGAGGAUGGAAUCCAUGGGCAUUGAGCCAUUGCCAUUCCAUGAUUUAUUGUGCCAAAUGCUUGAUCUAGUAAAGCCAGAGUGUGAGGGAAGGGUAACACUGCGAGACUUGAAGAGAUGCCGAAUGGCUCAUGUAUUUUACAACACUUUCUUUAACCUGGAGAAGUACCUCGACAAUGAACAACGGGAUCCAUUUGCUGUGCAAAAGGAUGUUGAGAAUGAUGGCCCUGAACCUUCUGACUGGGACAGAUAUGCUGCUGAGGAGUAUGAAAUCCUAGUUGCUGAAGAGUCUGGCACUGAACAGUUACAAGAAGGAUCCUUUGAUGAUGACUAUGAAACAGAUGAACUUUUAUCUCCACCUGAAAUUGGAGAAAAGUCAGACAAAUUAGUUAUCUCAGAUAUUUCAGCAUAAAAUAUGUAUUAGAUGUGUCACUAAGUCACUUCUUAUAUUUCACAAAUUACUUAAUUUUUGUUCUGUAAUGCCACAACCAACAUUUAAUACAACACAUUUUUUAAAAAAAAAAUUAACAUGCUUCUGCAGUAUGGUAAUUUCCAGAAAUGAUUAUGCUGAUGUAUGUGGCAGUAUGUUUGUGCAGAUAUGUUUAGAAACUAAGCAAAGAAGAAAGGCUGCACCUCACAACAAAGCACAAAAAUGCACCACAAGUUAAAGAAAAUGAAGAAUGUAAAACAAUUUCAAGACAUUCUUUGUUUUCCCUCAUUAUAGAUUAUUUUCCCUCCUUUGUAAAGUUAGAAACUAUACCUUCAAUUUUUAAAAAUGUUACAUAAUUGUGCAGUGACAUACAUUUUGAUGAAUAUGAAAGCCACACUACAUGCUGUUUCCAGAAGUAUUUCCAGGUUGCUUCAGCACUCUAAGUAUCACAAAAUAAACCCCAAUGAGAGUUUAUCAAAUUAGUAUGGUUUCAGAGAUUGUCUUGAGAAUUUGUUUCAAUCCAGUUUAAAUUUCUUGAUUUUCAACAGCUUAAUUGUUGAAAGACCAUCUGCUUGGUUUUCACUGCCGCUCUUCAUGGCAGAAACCUUCCCUUUCCCUUAAGGCUUCCCUGCAUAGUCAAAAUGAGCAGUAAACUCAUGCUGCAUGUUCAGCUUUAGUGAGUGCAAUAUUCCUAAGAUGUCUUUAGAAAGACAGUGGCACUAUAUCUUAUCCCCAGAUAACCAAGCAGAUGCUUCAGGGAAUAAUCCCAGAGUACUGCUGUAAAAGAUAGCAUAGUUCUUCCUUUUAGCAAAACUGUUGUUCGCCUUCCUUUUAGUUUAGAAAAUAGCUGUAUGAAAACUUUAGUGCUGGAAGAAAUAGGUUAUGUAGUCUUCCCAAACCUAUAGGGCAGCAAACUUUACUAGACAAGAUCAGAAGACUGCAGUGAAAUUUGACUAGAUUUUCCCCAAGCCUUGCCAGUAGUCCUUAAAACACACACACACACACACACACACACACACCCCUAAAUGAUCUAAUUUGUACAACAGGGAAACAUAAAACAUGGUUUAACAUGUUCUUAAAAUGUCACAUAAUAGCCAAGGGUGGAUGCAGGUUGUGAUGAGAAUUGUGUUGUGUAACCCCCUUGCUUCCCCAAUGCCUAGGCUAUUAUAUGACAUUUAAAAAUGUUUUAGAAUACAAGUAAUAUCCAACAGGCACCCAUGAAAUUUGCACAGCAGCAUUAUACAUUAUAAUCACAAAACCAAUGUAUUCUUAUUUUGGAGAAGCAGCAAUUUUUUCAUGUGACAAAAUAGUGCCAUUUGAGUGCUGGGAAAAGGUGAUCUCCCCACACAACAGAACUUUAGCAUUGAGGGAAGAUAUGUAGCUUAUGUAUUACGGAUCAGAAACAAUUGCACAUUUAUAACGCAAAAACAAAUGAUCAUGUGCAAAGGUCCUUUUGUAUAGUACUGUGAACCUACUCUACUUAAUGGAUAACAUUUACAAAGACAUCUGGUACCCAACACUAAACAUUUGCACUGAUAUACCUGCCCCCAAAUGAUGAUGCAUGUCCUUACAAUGCUACCACACAAUCAUGCUAGGAUACUAAUGUUCUGAUGUGACUACUGGUAUACUUCUCCCUAUUCUCAGCACAUGCAUGCAGGCAAAGCAGAUUUUAGGAUUAGGUACUAAACUCCUUUGAAAUCUAGUAAGACUUGAAUCCUGAUCUUCAAAGCAUUGCCUUGGUUCAGACCCCUUUAAUAUGUAUGUAGUUUGCACAGGCAGAACGGUUUUACGGUCUAGCUCUGGAUUCUUAAGUCUCCACCUUGCUUUUGAAAAUGUUGGUUCUCUUAAAAUUCCACAAACAAAAAUUGUUAAAAUGAUGUUAUUUAUCUUGUAUUGAAUUAUGGGAAAUACAUUACUGAAUUUAUGUAUAAACUUAAUUAUACAUUAUUUUUAUAUAUAUAUACAUUAAAUAUUUAAAUUGCCAACAUACACAAUUUAACUCUGAGGGCUAAAUUUGCACCAGGGCUCAGCUCCAGAAUCUAUUUUCAGUGUCAGGGUUCAAGCCCUGAACUAUGUGCAAGGGAAGAAGGGAAAGUAUCUUAGCAUAUGCAAAGUGCCUUUCCCACACUGCUUCUUAGUAAUCCCAGCAUAACACUACACAUCUUGAAUUAAAGGGGGAAAUGCUUUCUAAUCAGAGACUGUGACUUUUAGGCAAGCUUCAAUCUCAGCACCACUUUCUUUAGAAGUUAAUUACUGUCCUAUUGUGAUGCUCACUAUAAGAACUACUACUGUACUCAUAUUUAACACUGGUGAAUUCUUUAUAGCAUAUUCACCCUCCAAGUGUUACUAAAACAGGGAAAACUUGAAAAUAGGGACAAUUAUAAGACUCCUAUGAAAGCUAAAUAUAACUUAAUUCCAGGACACACAAUAUAAAUUUAAAAAAACUCUAUAACAGAAUGGAAAUGUAUGUUUGAGGCAAUAAUAAACAUGCUUUCUAGCAGGAAAAAAAGCCAUAUCAUCUCCAUCUAAAUGGAGCUUAGAUAAAGCUUAGAAUCAGAGGCUGAAUGCAAAGCAAACACUACAAUGUUGUUACAGCUAAACAAAAUCUACUGCAUGUAAGUGAAAAAUAGUAUGGAGCAAUCCUUUCAUCUGUGAUUGCAUAAAAGGCACAAUAAGCGGGUUUAUCACUUUUAAAAAGCUGUUUACAAAUUAUUCUGGAAGACAAGAUAUUUAGGUUCCCAUGUUAUGUACACCAUUUUAUUAUCUAAAAAUAUUUUUUACACAUGGAUUAUUUGUAUUUGCAUGAAUUUUCAUGAAAGAAGCACACACACAUGCGUGCGUGCGUGCACACACACACACACACACACUUUCAUGAAAAAAAAUCAAAUUUUGUGUAUAUAGAAAAUCAUGGGAGCCAUGGAGGCUCUCAUAACCCUAUCCUCAAGUUGCUAGAAACAUGAUUAGUCUUUAUCAUGUCUUAAACUGGAUUUUUAUUACAGAGCAUUUGUGCCAGCUUUUAAUUUCUCUAAUAAGGAUCUAAGAUUUUAUCAGUAAGCUGGACUCUACAGAGUAAUCAAUAGUGCAUCAGCUGGUUUUAGUUAUUUGAGAAGAGACCUGUUCAUUACGUGUUAGAGUAAACUUUGGACAAAAUAGUUGACAAAACAACCAAAGAGGUGGUGGUUUGGGUUUUGUUUUUGUUUUUCUAGUAAAAAUGACAUGCAUAUGUCACCUUUUAAAAAAAAUUCUGAUUAAAAAUAUUUUAACUUAACACUGCUCAGCCCAGAUCCAAGUGGUUUUUAACAAGCACCCUCAGUGCUCAGCCUAUGGGAUACAGCUGUGUCUAAAUGUUAGAUUGUGUCCAUCUUGCCCAGCACAUGCAAGGCUCUAGCUUGGGUCCACUCUUGAAAACCUCACUGUGCUCCCAUUAAACAGUUCCCAACUGGAACAGUAAAUUGUAAAAAAAAAAAAUUAUCUCCACCACCAUGCAUUAUGGGUGAAGAUUUGCUCAUGAAUACAAAUCCAACACCAUAAAAACACACACACACAAACUUUGCUCAAAGCUCUUGCCAUAACUUGAAGCUCCCAUACCAUUGCUAAUUCAUUAAAUAGCAAUUCCUGCUACACUAGUGUCUUGAUCACAUGCAGUAAACUUCUUUAGCUCAUCCUAAACAUAAAUUAUAUUUAAUUUAAAUCUGAAUAGAUAAUGGUAAUCAAAUUGCCAUACUUGCCUUACUUGUUAUCAGAUACAAGUAAGGGCCAUUAUUAGCAGCAUUACACUUCAGGCCAAUGGUGUCAAUGGGCAGCUAACCCCAGUGAAUCGUUUUAUGAGUGGCACUUAAUUAGGUUAAUUAAUUAAUUAAUUAGUGGCCAUUAAUUUCAUACUACAUUUGACAAGGAAUGAUGUAUUGAGAAGUUGCUUAUAUGAAAUCUUGCAUUAGAACUCACUGGAGGGAGAAAUGAGUAUUCUGUACUGUAAAAAAGUUCUUAUGAGGUAUUUCAUACUUCUUUUACAUGAUCCCCACUGCACAUUACGGUCAUCUGCGGAGGUCCGUCUCCAUUACCACCGGUUCGUUUGGUGGCGACUCAGAGGCGGGCCUUCUCUGUAGCUGCUUCCGGGCUGUGGAAUGCACUCCCAACAGAAAUUUGCAAUCUUAAUUCCUUACUGACCUUCAAAAGAGCCCUUAAAACCCAUCUGUUUGGCCUGGCCUUUUAGGGUUUUUAAUUAGUUUUAAUUGUUUUAAUGUUAACCUGGUUUUCAGGGUUUUAAUUGUUCUGAUAGUUUAAUUGUUUUUAAAGAUGUUUUUUAAUUGGUGUUCAUAUUUAUAUUUGUUUUAAUUGUUAUUGGUUUUAAUGGUUUCUGUUUUUAAUUGUAAACCACCCUGAGCCAUUUCAGAAGGGCAGUAUAAAAACUGAAUAAAUUAAAUAAAUAAAUAAACAAACAAACAAACAAAUAAAUUUCAGCCUCACUGAAGCACACCUAGGAGCCAGACUCCUUAUAUUUCCCCCCAGUUAUGCUAUGCACCAUUAGUACAGCUUUUGACUUUUUUCCUGCAAAAUACCUUGUUUAAUAGGAACAUGGGAAGCUGCCUUAUACCAAGUCAAAACAUUGGUCCAUCUAGCCCAGUAUUGUCUACACAGACUGGCAACGGCUUCUCCAAAGUUGCAGGCAGGAGUCUCUCUCAGCCCUCUGUUGGAGAUGCCAGGGAGGGAACUUGGAACCUUCUGCAUGCAAGCAUGCAGAUGCUCCUCCCAGAGCGGCCCCAUCCCCUAAGAGGAAUAUCUUACAGUGCUCAUGUCUCCCAUUCAAAUGAAAACCAGAGUGGACCCUGCUUAGCAAAGGGGACAAUGCAUGCUUGCUACCACAAGACCAGCUCUAUACCCAAAGAUGUUUUUAGCCAAAUUUUACAAGUUUAUCUUCUCUUUCAUGCUGUAUAUCAGUUUUCGUGUCUGAAAAGUAGAAACAAUUCCACCUACCUCAUAAGAAAGGGGUUAAGAUAAUUCAGUUUGUUAUAGUGCAAAAAUUCCUUUCAAGAAAGGGCUCAAGCAAUACUUUAUUAGUGAUGCAUGUCUUUGUAAGCCAAUGGGGACAGAAAUCUGUUUUCCACUCAUUCAAAGUGGGAUGAGAGAGACAGAGUUUGGAAAACUGUAUAUUGUAAUUUGUAUCAAGUUUCUACCCAGUGUUCUUUCUGAAGGUGUAACAGUAACAGAUUUUGUAACAAAAUUUUCUACUUUAUUUGGGCUGCCACUAAGAGGCAGUAUUGCGUGAAAGACACACAGCUGAGCUGAAUUCCAAGGAGUAUUUGAUGAGUGAAUUUUUGUAGAAUUUUACAUAACUUAACCGUCUGGAUUUAACAUAAAAGCUGUUCCCAGAGAGUUCCAAGGCACCUUGUGUUUAGCUUCAAGUCACAGUAUGUUAAGACUAUGCAAAAAUGAGCUUUAAUUAUGAGUACAAGAUACUAAGAAUUAAACAAUUUGGAGCAUCACUUGUAAUUAAUGUUUUUUCAUACAUUUUAACUUGCUUUGUUAUAUCAUGUGUUAAGAUGUGCAGAAAUAAGAUGUACAAAAAAUUGUGAAACUUGAUGGAAGCAGUUCAAAGAUAACUUGUGCUAGGCAUGGCUUUGCCUUAGCUAUUUUACUUUGUAAUUUCCUUUUUGCAAUUAAACAUUUUUGAAAGUA